GGUCCUUUUAGGUUAUAAACAAAAACAAAUAAAAGUGAACAAUUAAACCCAACAGCGUGAUUGUAACAUAAUUUACAUUGUCACAAUUUAGCUUUAUCAUGUGCAGACCUACAGUGUGUAUCCGUGCUACAAGUUCACAGAAAUCGAAUUUUGGUAACGCGUAUUGUGUGUUGCCUACCUUACCGUGAAACCCAAGAAAUUGAUCACCUUUCACAAAGAAGCGCUCAAGAGACACUUUUCCCACUUUAAUUAACACAAUUUGGGUCAGCCAAAAUGGAAUACUCAGACAGGUUUUCUCAAGUGAAAUUUUUCUCGAACAAAGUACACAACUGCAGAAUUUGUCCGUAUUUCACAACGUCGGUGGCUUGUAUGGUCAACCACGACAAACGACACCGCUUGUCGUCCAUACUUUUCCACUGUGAGGACCCCAUUGACAUUUAUUACUGCACAAAGUGUGACUUUGAGACAAAUCUCGCCACUGGUUUAAAGGAGCACGUGCAGAGGUAUCACGCCGAGAACAAACAAUCAAACUACGUUCAAACGUACGUUUGCAAGAAGUGCAACUUUGAAACAAACUUUGUCUUAAAGUGGCUGCAACACAGUGCCAAUUGUCUUCAGGGUAAACAGUACGCACGACUUGUGGGUUCUAAGAAAAAUAAAAAACACAAAAGACAGCUUGUCGUGGAUGGUGAGACACUCUGGCACGAGUGUGAUAAGUGUCCAUACAAAACCAAACAAAAAGGAAAUUUGAAAAGACACACAUUCGCCCGACAUUGUGACCAAAACGACGUUAAAUCCACCACGUGUCAGUGGUACAAGUGCGACGAAUGUGACUACGAAUCCAAGUACAAAUCCUCGAUAAAAGUCCACAAAAUCACGAACCAUUUAAAAGACGACGAAAUCCAGUGGUAUCAAUGCAACAAAUGUCCUCAUAAAACCAAACAAAAAUCGACUUUGAUGAGCCAUAUUAAACGGCGUCACAUGGAAAUAAAAAAGGAGAAAAAGAUCGACGACUCCACGUGGUACAAGUGCGACUACUGUAAAUACAAGUCGAACUAUAUUCACACGUUAAAGAUGCAUAAAAUUAAGCAACAUAUGCAAGACAACGAGAUACAAUGGUACCAAUGUGAAAAGUGUCCUUUUAAAGGGAAAAUUAAAAAGGAUUUGACGCUUCACAUGUUUUCCAAGCAUGCCAACAAGAACGAAAUUAAGUGGUAUGAAUGUAAACAGUGCCCCCAUAAAACGAGAUGGAAAAGAAACUUAAUGCAACAUGAAUAUACACAGCAUUCGAGCGGUGAAAGUAUUCAGUGGUACACGUGUGAACAGUGCGAUUAUAAAGCCAAGCUUAAGGUGAAUUUGAAACAACACGUAAUUAACAACCAUUUGAGUGAGAAUGAAAUUCAGUGGUAUCAGUGUGAAAGGUGUACAUAUAAGGCGAAGUUUAAGCACCGGUUGGGUGAACACAUGAAGAACGUACACACGAAGUAGAAGUAAAUGUGUAAUGUAUAUGUGACGUGUAAAUGUGUACUUUAAUUUACUGUUGUGAUAGUAGUGUAUAUUUAAUAGUUAAUGUAUCUUUCAUUCCAAAAAAGCUAAUAUAAUCGAUUGUAUUGUGUGUUGUCUAUACUUCCUGUACAUAUUUUGUAGGUGUAUUACGUGUUGCCUAAUUCAAAGCAUAUUUAAAGCAUGUUUAAAGUUGAGUUGGCCAAAUAACCAAAAUUUAUACCUAAAAUCUAAAUAAAAACAAGAAUAGUCAAUGUCUCCACUACAAAAGUUAAUUUGAUUUGAGGUUAUGUUUUCCAAAAACAUCAAGUCGAGCCAACUGUGCCCCCUUUUCACAACAUCGGGUUUUCUUAUGGCGAAGCAGCGCCCAUCAUUCACCCCUUUCGACUGUGAAACUAGUGACAUUGAUUUCUACCACUGCAAGAAGUGUGACUUUCGGACAAAAUGUACACUCACUUUCAAACACCACAGGUUUAAAAAAGACGUGGAACACACGAUUCGUAGUUACACUUGUGAAAAAUGCAGCUUUGAAACCUUCUUUGUUCUUAAAUGGCUGCAGCAUGUCUCAAGAUGUUCGAUAAAUAAAGACAUUUCUUAUUUUAAGUGUGAUCACUGUGACUACCAGUGCAAGCGUAAAGAAAGUUUGAAGACACACACAAUUGUAAAGCACCGAAACGACGACGAGAUAGACUGGUUUCAGUGCAGAAAAUGCCCGUAUAAAGCUAAGUGUGGUCCAUAUUUAAAAAUGCACAUAAAAUUUAAGCAUUCAAAUGACGAGGAUAUUAAGUGGUACAGAUGCAAGGAGUGCCCAUACAAAGCUAAACACAACAGCAAUUUAAAAGCACACGUACGUGUACAGCAUUGUGAUGUCAAACGGUUUCAAUGUGAAAAGUGCUCCUACAAAACUGGACGAAAAGCACAUUUAAAAGUUCACAUUGACAUUCAUCAUUUAGACCCAGAGGAUAUUACAUGGUAUGAGUGUGACAAGUGCUUAUAUAAAGCUAAACGAAAACAAUACUUGGAACUUCAUAAAAUGACGCGGCAUUUAGACGAAAAGGACAUUAAAUGGCACCGAUGUACCAACUGUCCAUACAAAACCAAAUAUGGUUACAGUUUAAAAAAUCACGUAAAUACGUACCAUUUGGACGAGCAAGAUAUACAGUGGUACGAAUGCAACCAUUGCCCAUAUAAAGCUAAGCAAAAAUGGACCUUAAAUAGACACGUAGGUUUUAAGCAUCUGAAUAAGUAUAAAUGGUACGAGUGUAAAAACUGUCCAUAUAAAACUCAACAUGUUUCCCAUUUGCAGAGUCAUAUAACUUCGCGACAUUUGGACGAACGCGAUAUUAAAUGGCACGAAUGCCAAAGUUGUCCAUACAAGUGCAAACUAAAGCGGGUUUUAACCACACACAUAUUAAGGAAGCAUUCGCAGGAAGGCAAUGUUAAAUGGCACGAAUGCCAAUAUUGUCCAUAUAAAACCAAGAUCAAAUCGACUUUAACUAGACAUACAACUACCAAACACGUGGAUGACGAAAAAAGGAAUAUUUAAGAGAAAUGUGAUUGACGAUGUAAUAUACCAAUUUUUACCCUUAAAUAAGCAAAAAUUCAAUGAAAUAAAAGUCAAAUCUGUUGAAUUUUAGCAUGUUUUAAUAUCCCUAUGGCACUGAAAAUUAUAAAAUUAAAAUCGAA